UAGACAUCCUCUCUUUUUUAACUACUCGAAAUCACGAUGACCGGUAUCACUGUCAAGGACGUCAACGCCCACGAAUUCAUCAAGGCCUACUCUGCUUACCUUAAGCGUACCGGUAAGCUCGAGGUCCCCAAGUUCGUUGACAUUGUCAAGACUGGUUCCUACAAGGAGUUGGCCCCUUAUGACCCUGACUGGUACUACGUCCGUGCUGCCUCCGUUGCCCGCCACAUCUACAUCCGCAAGAGCGUCGGUGUCGGUGCCUUGAACAAGGUCCACGGUGGUCGCAUCAACCGCGGUUUCCGUCCCUCCCACCACGUCGAGGCCUCUGGCUCCGUCAACCGCAAGGUUCUCCAGUCCCUCGAGAAGAUCGGUGUCUUGGAGCAGGACAAGAAGGGCGGUCGUCGCAUCACCCAGGAUGGUCAGAGAGAUUUGGAUCGUAUUGCCAUGACUCUUGUUGCUUCCGAGGAGGAGGAUGACGAGUAAAGCAAAAAGAAAAAAAAGAAACUAAAAAAAAAAAAUUAAAAAAUUUAAAAAAAAAUUAAAAUUAAAAUUAAAAUUUAAAUAAAAAAAAUAUUAUUAUUAUUAUUUUAUAUCAAUUGUCAUUAAAGAAGAAAGGAGGGAAACCCAAGAAGAUAGGGAUUUAUAAUUAUAAGC